AUGGCGUAUGUGGCCAGUGGAGGUGUCAUAGUUUGUGAGGUGGAUGCAAAAAACGGCACUUUGGGUAAACAGCGGCUAUUUGUGGCCAAUCUGGGCGUGGAGAGCGAUGAUUUGGCCAAGUUGGAGAGAGGAACGGAUAAAAGGGACAAAUUCGACAUACCUCUCGAAAGCACUUACACGUACGGAAAGGACCGUAUAGAUACUAAGGUCGAUGGAGAAGCGCUGCCGUCUAAGCUCAAGGAUAGGGUCAGGGCUGUUUCCUGUGUGGCACUUUCGCCAAAUGGCCGUGUUUUGGCUGUGGGUGAGUCAGGAUACCAUCCUCGGAUUCUUCUUUACUCCUUGGCUGCAAACUCGUCAGGGGUUCCAUUCGCUGUGAUACACGAACAUACGUUUGGAGUAAAGAGCAUCGCGUUUCUGCCGGAUUCACGCCACUUUGCCUCUUUGGGGCAGCUCUCCGAUGGUUUUCUACAUAUCUGGAAGUACAGUGCCACGUCUGUAUCGCUCAAAGCUACGAACAAGUGCUCGUCAAUUGUGAACAAGGUGUUCUGGCACCUGCUGACCACGAUUGUUACUGCUGGAUUGCGUUUCCUCAAAAUAUGGAGCUACGAGGCUCACGACUCGAGCAGAGCUGUUGUUUUAAAAGGACGCAAUGUGGUGCUAGGGCUGAACCUAGAAGUGGACUUCACCCAAGCCGUUUCGCUUUCUAGCGACGAGGUGCUUCUAUCGGGCUGCCAUAGUGCUCUCUAUGUGCUUUCGCUUUCUGGACUUAGCAUUGUUCCAGUGGAGGUACCCAAUGGCUCAUCUACGUACUAUGGCUUGGAGACUGAGGCUGGUUCCCAGAAAGUGAGCUAUUUUGAUGGUGAAACUCCCAGACUCGUUGGUUUUGAUGAGCUUAAGCAUUCCUCCAACCGACUGGCGCCAUCGUCGCCUUCGAAGAUUGCCCUGAUGUUCUCCAACCUUUCAUUGAAGGCCACAACACCAGACUAUCCCGUGGUGACGUCCCACUUGACUUCAAACGACAACCAACUCUACUCAAUUUACCUCACGAACAAGAAAGAACUCUGCGUUUUGAACACGCUGUCUGGAGAUAUCAAGACGCUUGUCGCUGCUCCGGUUACUCGAGCUGGAGGGAUGAAGCGGGCUUCUAACGGCGACCUUUUGGUUUACUCCAAAUGCGGCAACCUCAAAACGGUGAAUGGUCACGGAAUCACCCAGCUAGCCUCCAUCCGUUUGCCACAGACUGAUCAGCUUGAAAAUGAGCUAACAGCAGUGGACUAUGACGGUACAUAUGCGUACUUUGGAGAUCGCUACGGCCAGCUCGUUGUUAAUGAUACUAAUACUGGUGACGAUGUAUUGCAAUUGAAGGCCCACUCUUCUUCAAUCAAUGACCUUAUACGGUUUAAGGCAAGCUCGUUGGAACUCCUUGUCACAACAUCAAGAGACCGAACAGUUCAAUUAUUCUACCAGAACGACGAUAAGUGGGAGCUUCUUCAGACGAUCGCCAACCAUACGGGAAACCUCGUCUUCUGCAAAGUAUACGAGGAAUCGCUUGACGUCUGUUCGGCUGAUAGAUCCAUCUCCAUCUACGGCUUCAGGGAAUUUCCUGGCGACGAGAUGCCCGUUGAAGUGUACCAAAAGCGGGUUCUUACCUUGAAGCAUUCCCCUACAGCCAUGGAGCUCCUAGACAACGAGCUUCAUGUUGCAACGAACGACAAAUCUGUCCAUGUCUACGAUGCAAAAACUGCAGACUUCAAAUACUCCACCAAACUCACAAACGAGAAAGGAGAUUCGCUCAGUGUGGAGAACUUUGCACAGAUUGAUGGCUAUUUCGCUGUUUCGUCCAAUGAUCGCUCCAUUCGUCUCUACUCUUCUCAUUACUCGAAGCUGCAGGCUGUCACCUGGGGCCACUCUGAAACCAUUCUUGAAAUGGUCAGCUCCGAUCUUACUUUGUACUCCAUUGGGCUGGAUGGAUGUCUUUUUAUAUGGAAUGUCCUGGAGGCAGCCGAGUCGAACCAUUCCAGCUUCAAGGAAGACGAUUCUGAUCUGAGCUUGGUCGAGCCAGACAAUCUGCCUCUUUUUGCCAAAGUGACAAGAAAGAUCCUCCCAGUUGCAUCAGCAUCCAAACCAUUAAGCACACAAAGUACACCCAAAUUUGACAGGGAAAGCUCUCCAUCAAAACGAUCGCUGAUCAUCCUUGAUCCAAGCUCCCCAUCACCAGCUCCAACUACAACCCCAAGACUUACGAACGCUACUAUCAAGAGAAUGGAGGCUCGAAAAGGAACUCAGGCUUCACCUGCAAAAAGCCCAUCUCCUAAACGAACCUCUCCAUCCAGAACACUGUCUCCUAUAAGAAUUACAAACAAACCCAGUGCUACGUUACGGUCACUGGUCCUGCCAUCCAGAAAAGCUUCUGUUGAUUCAAUCACAAACCCACAACCUCGGCUAGCACCGCAGAAUAGCUCAGAUUCUAUGGAUAGAGCGUCUGCGUACAUCACAAUCAUCAAGUCCCACGCACAAAAAGGGCUCUUUACAGGUGAAGAGAAGGAAAGUUUGAUCGAACAAUUGAAGGACUUGAUCAGUGUGUUGGGCGGAACCGUGGGUUCUACAGGGAAUGACACUAUUCUUGAAAAAUUCGGCCAACAACUCGUCGAACUCGUUCAGAAAAAAUUUCAAGAUUGA